AAGCAAGAAUAUAGUUUUUACAGCAUUUAAGCGUGCCGUAUAGUAAGUGAAGUACUUAAGUCUGUGUCGGCUUUGCUGAAAUUCUUUCCAAGCACUUACGUAUACAUUGGAAAAUAUCAGACUAUUUAUAAUUACUUUCGGCUUAAGAUUUAACUGGAAACUCCGGAUUUACGUAAAUAUAAGAUGUUAAAUGAGAACAUUGUUAAAGUGAGUACUAUUCAAUUAUCAGCCAAUAGCGAAACAGGUGAUGAAGGACGCGGGAACUUGAACAACGAUGAACAAUCGCUACAAUCAGAACUCGAGCUUAACAGUACUGCAACGGCGGCCUCGGUUGUCAUCAAAAUGCCUCCGAUUCCAAUUGAAGAACCUGCCGUUCCACCGAACUUAGAGAAAGAUGUCGGGAAGAAACUCUCGGGAAAACGAGUUGAAAAACGUAAAGAGGAAGUGACAUACAAGACUCAUCUCACCUCACUUGCACACGUGAGCGUAGUUCUUUUUGUGUAUCUCAUUUUGAAGCUGGCAUUUAGAGGUGAAUUUGAAUUCUUCACUUGGCAUCCCAUCUUAAUGGCAGUUGGGUGGAUGCUCCUAAUGACUGAAGGAUUAUUUGCAAUCAACAAGAACAACACAUACUGGAGGCUGAAGACGAAAGGAGGUUUCCGAGUCCAAAUCCAUGUCGCUAUCUUAGCCAUCGGCUAUGUUUUAUCAAUUGCCGGAUUUGUUAUAGUUUAUAUAAAUAAGGAAAACAAGGGCAAACAUCAUUUUAUAAGUUGGCACGCCUUAUUUGGUCUGAUAGGGUUAAUAUGUACGUGUCCUCCGGUAAUCAAUGGAACUGCAUUGUGGUAUAAAAAAGAGCUUUCGAUUUCCAAACCGAGACUAGUUAAAUUUUUUCAUGUUUUAUCGGGAACCCUGGCGUUCAGCUUUGGUGCACUAGCAUUAGUAUUAAGUGUUUACACUAAGUGGUUUGCAAGGAAGUCAGAUCAAAGUCAAAUUACGUUUUACUUCGGACUAAUUGCGGUUACUUAUCCUUUAGUUUGGGCCGUCUAUGGACCUUCGGUUAAGUUAGUGAAUGUGAUAAAAGAUUACUUUAUGGGAGAUAAAGAGGACUAAGUCGUCUGGAUAAUUUUAACUGAGAUAAAAGGAGUGUACAUAAUAAUAAAAUUAAUUUGCAGUUUUCUAUAGUGAUAACCUAUAUUUGAUUUUUUCGCCUUUGAUAUUGCGCCUAUAUUGAGCCUUUGUUAAUCAUAUAAACAUAUAAAAUACUUAGCCCUAAAUCAUAUUAAAGAUUAAGUGAAUAUGUAUAUGUAAAAAUGUGAAGUAGUUAAAAUAUAUUAUAACUUCAUA